CAAGCAAGUCACUGGCGCUGAACAUUCCAAACUGGCAGUGUGACACCCACCCGCCCCCCCACUCUACCACCACUGUUAGCAAGGGCUGCUUCCCUCCUGUAGCCCAAGUGUUUUGCAGCCUCUGGAUGUCAAGCCAACCACAGGAAUGAGAUUGUUCCCCACAACAGGUUGGUGUUUCCCCGCCUCAGGGUUCAUUUCCAAGCCGACGGCCGGAGCAAGACAGCUCCCCUUUGCCUCUCUGUGAAGAGGACAGACAGUCCAGUGGAACUGCAGCACAGUGUUGUCAUGGACACGGAGUCAACCUACUCUGGCUAUUCCUACCACUCUGGGCGAUCACGAGGUUCCCAUCGGCACGGGGAACGAAACCGGGAUCGCCACAAGUCUCGCAGCAAGGACAGCCGCUCGGAAAAAUCAGUAACUAUUAACCCCGCUCCUGCAGAGCCAUUGCUGGGUGACACCACAGUUCGGGGAGAGCCGGUUCAGGAUGACACCUGGGGUGAGACCACCACGGCCGUUACUGGCACAUCGGAACACAGUCUCUCUCAAGAAGACAUUGUACGCAUCACCAAGGACCUGGAGGACAGCGUGGGGCUGGACUGCCGUCGCUAUUUCACGCUCACCCUGGCCGUGAUUCUGGGCCUCCUGGUGUUUCUCUCGCCACUGGCCUUCAUGGUCCUCCCCCACCUCCUCUGGCCAGAGAAGCUGCAAAGCUGCGGCACGGCCUGCGAAGGCCUCUUCAUCUCUGUGGCCUUCAAGUUGCUCAUCCUGCUGCUGGCCGUCUGGGCCCUUUUCUUCCGACCGGCACGAGCCAGCCUCCCGCGGCUCUUUGUCUUCCGGGCACUGCUCGCUGUUCUGGUGCUGCUCUUUGUGCUGGCCUAUUGGUUGUUUUAUAGCGUGAGGAUACUCGAUUCGCAGGAUGAGGACUACCAGGGGAUCGUGCACUACGCUGUGUCUCUGGUGGACGCGCUCCUCUUUAUUCACUACCUGGCCAUCGUGCUGCUGGAGUUAAGGCAGCUUCAGCCCUACUUCUCGGUGUGUGUCACACGUUCCACAGAUGGAGAGACCAGGCACUACAACUUGGGACAACUCAGUAUUCAGCGGGCAGCACUGGCCAUUUUGGAGCACUACUAUUGCGACUUUGCCAUCCAUAACCCGGCUUUGCUCUCCGCCUCCAAGUCGCGCGCCGCCAAGCACCUGGCUGGCCUCAAGGUCUACAACGUGGACGGGGACCUCCCCGCCGCCCCUGCUGAAGGUCCGGGAAACAACGCAGCUGCAGGAAUGGCACACUCCCAGUCCAGAGCCAUUAUCGCAGCCGCCGCCCAUUGCCGGGACUCCAGCCACAACGAACUCUACUACGAGGAGGCCGAGCACGACAGGCGUGUGCGCAAACGUAAAGCCCGACUGGUGGUUGCUGUCGAAGAGGCCUUCACUCAUGUAAAGCACAUGAAGGAAGAGGAGCAGAAGAAAGCUCCAGGAGAUGUGAUGGACCCGCGAGAGGCUGCGCAAGCCAUCUUCCCGUCCAUGGCACGGGCCUUGCAGAAGUACUUGAGGACAACCAAACAGCAGCACUGCCACAGCAUGGAGAGCAUCCAACAACAUCUGGCUUUCUGCAUUAGCAACAAUAUGUCACCUAAGGCCUUCCUGGAGAGUUACCUGAAACCAGGCCCUACCCUGCAGUACAGCCGGGACCACUGGUUGGCGCGUCAGUGGACUCUGGUCAGUGAGGCGUCAGUCACCAGCGGCCUUAGAGAUGGCACCGUCUUUAUCCUCAAGUGUGCGGACUUCGGUCUGGUGGUGACCGUCAAGAGGAUCCCCUACAUCCGCUUGUCGGAGGAGUACAUUGACCCAAAAUCACACAAGUUUGUGCUGCGGUUACAAUCGGAGACCUCGGUGUAGGUCUUUUUGUAGGUUCUUUUCAUUGUGUUUUUUAUGGAUCUAUAUAGCACACACAGUUUUUUUAAGUUUCAGGAAUUUUCAUUUUGGACGGAAGACUUGUACAUGUGGUGAAAAUAAUGAUCUUGUGAUGAUUGCAACGUUUGGACAAACUUCCAUUGGAUGAACCGGAUCAGGAUUUUCACUCAACUUCACUCAACUCACAGACCAAUAUAUACGUACUGGUCAACACGUUUUGGAGUCUCAAUCAACCCCGUCGCCGCUUCAGAACAUCUUCACGACUAUGCACAAAGACAUACCUCAUGUCCACCACGGCUGAGUACACAGCUGGAUAGUUUUAGCCAAUGAGGUGGAAAAGAAGCAAGUUCACAAAGAAAAGCGAUUUCAAAGUCACUGGGAACGUGUAGUCAGUCGGUCACGUCUCCAGAUGAGGGUUGCAUGCUACUGCCACCUGGUGAGCAUUGAACAGAACUACUGAGUGGUGAACUUGUGGAUGCCAAUACACUGUAUGUGUUUAUGUAUACACAAACUGGAUGUAUGUAUGUACAGAAUAUUUGUUUACUCGUAUCGUUGUCUUUUUAAAAUGAUGGCCCAAUUCUCUCUUUUUUUUUUUCCAGAAAACACAAAACUGAACCGCACACUGAUAUUGCAUUAUUUAAUAAUCAUUUCAUUUCUGGGGUAGAAUUGAAUAAUCUGUUUAAUGAGAGAUGUGGCAGAUUUUUAGCUGAAGUAACUAUGCAUCAUGAGGAUGUGUGGAAGGCAAAAAA